GUUGCUAAAAAUUAUUGCUUAUAAAAUAUCAGGAAAUGUCGAAAUGAGAAACGCGGAUUCGAUUGCAUUUCUUAUUGUUUAUGCUGAAAUUUAAAUGAACAAAUUCACUUCUCAGAAGUGACUUCUGUCAUUCUGUUUGGUGUUUGGUAUUUAUUCUUAUUAGAGUUACAGUAGUUGUUGAUUUGAAUUCGAACAGGGAUAUUUGUUUCGGGAAACGUCUAACAAUUCAAAGCGAAUUGUUCUACCGUGGGGCCUGUGAUUUUGUGAUUUGUCCUGAUUAUUAAAGGAGCUGCGAAUACAACAUGCCUGAACAAAAAGUGCGACUGCAGAGCAAUGACGGGGAAACUUUCGACGUGGAUUUGGAAGUUGUCAAACUAUCGGGAACAAUAAAAAAUAUGUUGGAAGAUUUGGGUCUGGCGGAUGAAGGACAUAAUCAGAGCGAAGACGAGGUGGUUCCACUCCCGAUGGUCACAGGAGCCAUUCUGAAAAAGGUGCUGGCAUGGGCUGAAUAUCAUAAGAACGAUCCUUUGGCCACCCGCGAAAGUGAUGACGAUACGAGUAAACGCACCGAUGACAUCGUUCAGUGGGACAGUGAAUUCUUGAAAGUCGAUCAGGGCACUUUAUUUGAACUCAUUCUGGCGGCAAAUUACCUGGAUAUGAAGGGAUUGCUCGACGUUUGCUGCAAAACCGUGGCCAACAUGAUUAAAGGGAAAAGUCCAGAGGAAAUCCGACGCACAUUCAACAUCAAAAACGAUUUUACUCCUGAAGAGGAAGAAGCUGUACGUAAAGAAAAUGAAUGGUGUGAAGAUCGGGAUGCAUCGACGCGCUGAUUUCUGUCGUACGCUGGUUUGCUGAACUUCGGAUGAUUUUGUCUGACGAUCUGAUAUCCACACCAUACAUCCAUGUCGGCCAGAAUUUUGUUUAAUACUGUAUUCAACAAAUUCGAUUUGCUGUUUUGCGAACUGUGAGAGGGGUUUUGUCAGUUUGGCCGGAAGACUUAUUAUUGCACAGGCCAUUCUCGAACAAACCUAUGACUAUUUCUCGAACACCUAUAACUAUUUCAUUAAUUAAUAAUUACUAGUACCUAAGUUUCCAUUUUACCCGUGUAUGGAUAAUCUUUUGCUGUUUAUUUCAUAAUACUAAAUUUGUUAUAAUGUUUAGCAUUUGAAUGACGGUAAAUAACUUCGCUUCGACGGACAGAAUCAUGUGGGUUUCGUCCCUUACUUUUGUGAUUUGAUGUUGUAAAUAAUUGCUAAUCGCACGCGUGAA